CUCCGCAGCUGUCAGAGCGUCCAGGAAUGCGCCUUCGCCACUUUUCCUGCGACUUUCUGGAUGCAGCCACAGCCUCCUCUCUGCUCCUCGUUUUUGUCCAAAAAUGCUCCUACCUUCCGUCCACACAAACCUCCACAGCCCCGGAAGAAAUAAUGGCUCCGGCGCGACGAAGGACGCCCUCUGAAAGCCGUUGAGGACGUAAAGUUAGCCCCCCGGUAGCUAUGGCGUCUUUAACCGUCAGCUCGGCGGCUCGGAGCGUCGAGAAGCACCGAAAGUCCUUCUCGCUUCUCUACUACCGGGCUGUGCGGGACCUGAAGCCGGUGUGGAUGCUGGAGGAUAUGAGGACCAUGGAGACUUUUUACCAGGAGGAGGACGCCAGCCAGAGGAUUUACACUCCGUCGGAGGCGCUGCUCUACGCUAUCGUUCACGACCACCAGGCGUACGCGCAGUACCUCCUGAGCAGAUACACCGACGAGGCGCUAGCAAAGCCCGGGGAGCGCUUCUGUAGCUGCCCGUCCACGGCGCCUCACCUCACCAUGGCCGUCCGCUACGACAGGCGCUACAUUCUCGGCCUUAUCCUACAAGAGACUCACCGGACAACCAGCACCACCCCAUACCCCGGCUGUCUUCACACGGAGGACGGCCGGACCCCUCUACAUCUGGCCUGCGAGCUCCAGCGGCCCGAGGCGGUCAUCAUGCUGCUGGGGAGCGGAGCCUCCCCGCACGCCCGGGACCACGACGGCUUGACCCCGCUGGAUGUCAUCCUGGAGAAACUCAGGGACUCCAAGGCGGCGAGCGGCGGGGAGAAGAGGCAAUGCUUGGACAACCUGCUCAUGUUCAUGCCGAAAGUUAAUUUUAAAAUGAAGGCAGCUCUGGGGAAAGAGCCCGAGCGCUGGAGCAAGGUGCUGGGCGAGGAGACGUUCAGGUACCUGGCGGGGAGGAGCCCGGCACCGCUGCUACUCACCGCCAUGCAGACAGUCCUGAAGCAGCUCAGCCCGGCCACCUUCCCGGACAGCCUGCAUGAGCUGCCCAUCCCUUCCUCCCUCAAGCCGCCAGGACUGCCUGCGACCCAGCGGGACAGACAGAAGGUGGUGUAGCAUCAGAGGUUCACGAUGCAUGCUCCAACCAUAUUUUAGCAUGGUGUGUGUGAGUGUGUGUGUGUGUGUGUGUGUUUAACAAGCCUGUAUGGCUAUAAACCGGUAACACUUCAUUAUAGGGCUGUACAAAUAAACUCUUUAUCAGUCAGGGAACAACAUGUGUUAAUCUUAUCUAAUGACUUUGAUCAUUAACUGGGAGCUUAGGGCCAGACUAGGGAAUAAACAGCCAUACUGCAAAGUUUGUUUUUUUUUAUUUUUAAACUAACUCAGCCAUCAGUUUAUUUGUCUAACUCUUUCUAAAGUGUUACCUAGAAAAUGCUACUGCUAUUUAAGGCACUCAGUCAUAUCAGAAACCAACACUGAUGCUAGUCUACAUAAAAUGUGUUACUGUUGAUUUAUGUUUUUUUUUUAUUAUUAUUUAUUUGAAUCAUAUUUAACAGCAGUGACGAAGAACGUGAUCUCAUAGAUCUUUUGAGAAGUUUCUCUGGAUGACUGAUUAUUUUUAAAUAAAUAGGAAUCCAAGCGAU